UCUCCGUCAAUCGGGAUUUCAAUAUAAAGAGGCGAAACAUCAAAUUUAGAGUUAAUCAGUAAUAGUCAGAACCAUUUCUGGCGCAGUUUAUGGUUUAUUUUCAAGCUUUUGCCGGCUAAUUUCGCCUGGCUUCCUGAAUUUACAGUCAAGAAUGUAUCUCAAUGGAUGAAUCCGAAUUGUCUGCUUCAAGACGAGCAAACUACCUGACCAGACAGCUGGGGGAUACUGGGGGCUCUUUUGACGUCCUCAUUUCCUACGACUCUGAGAUACAGCGGCAAGAGUCUGCGGGAGACAGGACAAACAGAAGCCAGGAGACUUUGCGGGAGCUUGCCGGACUCUCUCGUAUAGAGUCUCCAUCCUCCAGACAAGACUACGAGGAAGUAUCUCUCCCUCGGGGUGAGAUCCUAGAUGAUGACAUCAGUGAGAUUCCAGUCAGAGAUGUAGAUUCCGUUAGUACUGUAGUACCUGACGCAGGUUUAGUGACCACUACGGGACAUCUCCAAACUCAACCGCAGUUUGAUUUGUUUUCAGCUGCAUCAUUACCGUCAUCUCCUGACAGAUUACCAUCUCAUGAAGGUCCCCAGAUCUUGAAUUCAUCAGAUCCUCUUGUCGAAGGCGAUAGAAACACUGCAAGGUAUCUUCGGAUUCUUGUCCCACAGCAAGACACUGGUUCCCGAGCCUUAACGCCACCUCUGGACAUUCCCCAACCACAACCAGGCUACAGCAGAAACACAUCUUACAAUAUCAGUGACGGCGAAUUGUUUGAGAGCCUACCAAGCACAUCAGAGUUUUUGUUGCUUGAGAGCCCCUCCGAUUCCCCCGCCCACUUUAGUCAACUGCGCCUGACACUGAACAGCAUAGAAUCAGAUGGGGAAACAUUUUUAUCCCUUGAUGAAAGUGUAGGAGAACAACAACAGCACAGUUUGAACAAUAGUUUUCUCAGGCAGCCCUCCAGACAGCAUAGUCGUAGCAAGCAGAAAGUUACCAACAAGAGUAAAGCCAUCGAGGACACACAGGUUGUGGGGAGUGAUCUUAAGAAAGAACUCCAAAGGCUCGUUGUGGAGAUUUACUCUGAGAGAAACACAGAGUUUGUCCCCAUUCCAGGUCUGAUUUCAAAUAGAAUGGAUGCUAUCCAUUCUGCAAGAAAUACAACACAGCAAGAUUUGAAAUCUCGCACAAUGGGUGAUGGGCACCCUUCCUUCGUACACUUCCAAGACAACAUGUCAUCAGUAGAAGACAUCAUGGACGCCAAAACAGUUUCUACUGCUCCUGACUCUCAAACAACUUGUAACUUUGAUGGAGCCGAUAAAGCAGCUGUAUCUGGCAGUGACCGCCCUCAACCGGCUGGAGCCAGUUUGGAGACAUUGUCAGCCCUGUCCUCUACUGCUGAUGCUUUGGCUCUGCAGCGCUCUGUCAUUGGCUCUAGCCCAACAAAGCCAGCAUCAAUGGAAGAGAUUGCAGCAGCCAUUGCAGCAGCUGAGAAACAGUACAGGCAGCGACUUCAGUAUUAUAAGCAGCAGCAACAGCCUGAACAGCAGCACAAUGGCAAUCCACCGUUCAAUAUGAUCCAAGCCACUCUCAAGAGAAGUGCUCAACAACUCCAACAACAGAAUGUACAAGCAGCAGCCCUUGAACUUUUACAGGCCAGACAGAAUGUGAUGAAUACACUAAGGAUUGUUAUGGGUGCAUUAGUUGUCCUGUGGACGCCAUUAGCAAUACGAAUCAUCAUUUGCUCAUUAUCUAUAGAUGAAAACUUGUGUGGAUCCAAAACUAGUCAAGUGAUCGGUAUCCUUCUUGUUGCCAUGUACAACAUGAACUCAGUGAUCAAUCCCAUCAUUUAUGUCUUCAAGUACAAGAAGUUUCGGAGAGGUCUUCAAGACAUGCUGUGUUGUUGCGUUGGUCGACCUCUCAGGCCAAACCGCAUUGAAGUUCAGAUUGCUAUGAAUGAACACACUGCAUAG